UGUUCAGUUGUAGACUGUUCACUACGUCUCUUCCCGUCCUUUGAGUCAUUAUCCGGUCUCCUUUUUUGGAGCCAGUGUAAAGUUGAUGCAGUCACGCUCUGUGGUGUACUAGGAGAUACCGGCUACUUUGACCUGGGCGCAGAUGUGUCUUUAAGGCGGGGCCAGUUAGUGGUCCUAUUCUGUGGAGUUGGGGUCCCUACGGAGUCGAGGCAUGCACAGAGAAAUGGUUCAUUGACUGAUGACCAUUGGGGAUUCAUUUGAAAGUUCUUCCACUUUGAAACAGCUUCUGUGUGGAAUGUGCAUUGCAGAGCUCCAGGGAAAACGCUCCCAAUAAGUUUCCGUUAGACUUUAGUUACAUGUCCACGGCCUUUCUAGCAAAAUGUGUUAAUAUGUUUAUAUGUUUUUAGAGGGUGUUUGCUGGUGGGGGUUAACUUAUUUUUAAAAUUUUUGUUUAUUUUUACUGAGCUUACAAUUUUGGUUCAGAAACUUUUUUCUAGUGUAAGGUUUUCGAAGCCUUUUUUUUCAUAAUGCCUUUUUCCUGGACAUUUUAUUGUGGAAAAUUUCUAAAGACAGAAAAGUUGAAAGGAUUUGGCGGUGAACAUUCAUAGAUUCCGUCUUAGAUUGUUCAGUUCUUAACGGUUUGUUAUGCUGCAUUUACCUUACUGAGUUAUCAUGAUGCUUUUGACCUGGAACGUUUUAAGUGGCUGUUUAACUUCUGACUAUACACUCUUGUCCGAAUAGCAUUUUUGGUUUCAGUCUCUUAGUCUCUUUUGAAUUACAUGACCCUAUCUUAGAAAUACCGUGUUGGAAGGGUAUGUACUUCAGCUUUUUAGAUCCAGGUACUAGUCCUGCAACAGAAAAGGGCUAUACUCCUUAACAAGUAAUAACAUCAAGAACUUAAAAGAAAAUUGAAUAUUUUGACUCGACCAAGUGGAAUAUUGGUGAACAAUACUAAGUUAGAUGGACCUUUAUUACAGAUUCUAUUUAUGAACAAUGUUAUUUCAAAGCAAUAUCAUCAAGAAAUAGAGGAAUUUGUAUCAAAUUUAGUAAAAAGAUUUGAGGAACAGCAGAAAAAUGAUGUGGAAAAGACUUCCUUUAAUCUUUUGCCCCAGCCAUCCAGUGUUAUGCUAGAAGAGGACCAUAAAGUAGAAGAAUCCAGUUCCGUUAAUAAUAAGGAAGCUUUUAGUGUUGUAGGAAGUGUCCUGUAUUUUACUAAUUUUUGCCUUGAUAAAUUGGGGCAACCGCUACUAAAUGAAAACCCUCAGCUUACGGAAGGAUGGGAAAUACCCAAGUACCAGCAAGUCUUCAGCCACAUUGUUUCUCUAGAAGGGCAAGAAAUACAAGUAAAGGCAAAAAGGCCAAAGCCUCACUGUUUCAAUUGUGGUUCUGAAGAGCAUCAAAUGAAAGAUUGCCCAAUGCCUCGAAAUGCUGCUCGAAUAAGCGAAAAGAGAAAAGAGUAUAUGGAUGCCUGUGGUGAGACAAACAAUCAGAAUUUUCAGCAGCGAUAUCAUGCAGAAGAAGUAGAAGAGAGAUUUGGAAGAUUUAAGCCAGGAGUUAUUAGUGAGGAACUCCAGGACGCACUGGGUGUGACGGACAAGAGUCUUCCACCUUUUAUAUAUCGAAUGCGCCAGCUAGGCUACCCACCAGGGUGGCUCAAAGAGGCCGAACUGGAGAACUCAGGGCUUGCGCUCUAUGAUGGGAAAGAUGGUGCUGAUGGAGAGACAGAAGCUGGAGAAGUACAGCCAAGUAAAAGUGUCACUUACGACCUCUCGAAACUGGUAAACUAUCCAGGUUUUAAUAUAUCUACUCCCAGAGGAAUUCCAGAUGAAUGGAGGAUAUUUGGGUCAAUACCAAUGCAGGCGUGUCAGCAGAAGGAUGUGUUUGCCAAUUACCUAACUUCUAACUUCCAAGCGCCAAGCAUGAAGUCUAGCAGCAAAAGGUCUUCAUCUCAGUCCAGCCCCAGUAGUCCAAAGAAGCAGAAGAAGGAAAACAGCGCAGCAGCCUCACCCGCCGACAUGGAACUGGACUCGGAUGCCGAGGUCCCGCGUGGGUCCCCAAGCAGUGAAGCUUUUCAGUUUCAGCCCCCGCUGCCCCCUGGCACGCCUCCCCCACUCCCCCGGGGCACCCCUCCACCCAUCUUCACUCCUCCGCUCCCCAAGGGCACCCCGCCGCUGACUCCCAGUGACUCACCCCAGACGAGAACGGCAUCCGUGACUAUGGAUGAGGACUCGCUGACUCUGGAGGAGCUAGAAGAACAACAGAGGCAGAUAUGGGCGGCCCUGGAGCAGGCCGAGAGCAUCAAUAGUGAUUCGGAUAUUCCUGUAGACACACCUUUAACCGGGAAUUCGGUGGCCUCUUCACCUUGUCCGAACGAACCUGACCUCCCUGUCCCAGAGGGAAAAACACCCGAAAAGCAGGUGCCAGGGGAGGCUGAGGUACCAGACACUGCUGCACAGAAAUCAGAAGAGGAACAAGCCUCGAGCCCAGAUUCUGAGACUGCUUUGCUUGGCCAGAAGGAAAAGGAAGAGUCCACUCAGGUAGACCCAAAAGGUGCUCUUGACCACGGCAGGGUCGAGUCAAACAGUGAGGUCAGGAAUGGAGGGAGCAGCCAGCAGCUCCUUCACGAGGACUGCAGUCCUGCAGCAGCCGCGAAGGCCCACAGUGCUAUCCCCGACAUGAGCAAGUUUGCAACUGGAAUAACGCCGUUUGAAUUUGAGAACAUGGCAGAAUCUACUGGAAUGUACCUCAGGAUAAGAAACUUGUUAAAGAAUUCACCCCGAAACCAGCAAAAACACAAGAAGACUUCUGAAUGACUGCUUGACAUGCACCCAGUACUAUUUAAUUAGAACUCUGUGUUCUGGUAAUUAGGACUAAGUGGACAGGUAAAAUUGUUUUCCUAUUUGUUCCUCCCAUGUGAAAGAAAAAAAAAAUCUGUCUAAGGCUUAAUUGUUGUCUAAAGUCAGGCCUCUUUUAAAGAACGGAAAGACUGAGCUUGCUGGUUUACUAUAUUUUAUUUUCACUGAUAAAAACUUGGGGGGAGGUAAGUAGGAGCCAGUUUAGAUAUGGUUUGUUAAGGUUUAUACUAUUUUUGGAUUGUGAAUGUCCAUCAGGAGUGAUGGUUUUUAAUCUGUCUUUUGUACAUCAUUUUCCCUUUCUACAUUUUGCUAAUUAUCCUCUAUGUAAGUUUAAUAUAUCACUUUUUAAAAAAAAAAUUCUAACCAUUUAAAAUUCAUAUUUCAACUCUUAACAACCAAAUGAGAAAAAUCAGGGAUGAGCAGCUUUAUACCAUUUGGGGUAUUUUUGUAAAUGAUUUACAUGCAUCCGUUUUAAUAACACUUUUACUUUUUUGUAACUUCAUUCUUCAUAUAAGCUUGCUAUACAGGUAUGUUCAUCUUUGUGUACAAAGGUUUAAUAAAUUAGUUUUCAUAUACAUAAUCUAAGACUUUGAAUAUAAAAAAAUGAUUCACAGUUAAAUUAGUAUAUACAACCUUGUAAGUUUGGUAGUAAAUUAUGUGGUUGCAAAAAUUAGUGGUAGCAAAGGAAAUUCAGAUGUUACAAGUUUGGGUAUUUUCAGUGGGUUUCAGCCUUAAAUAUAUCAAUAGAAACAGCAGAAUCUUUUAAAGGAAUUAUUUUGAAAAAAUAAGUGGUGGGCAGCUAGCCUUUGUACAAAAAUAAUUUUCUAGAUUUGAAUCCUAUGAUAAUUGUUACAAACAAAAAGUAGGCAUAAACAAAUUGUGUUUAAUUGUCUGAUACAUAAUACAGAGCUGAAACUAUGUUUUUGUCUUUAUGUGGAAUGCCAUGACAUCUUUACAGUCGAGUCCAUGAAAAUAAACAUUUAGAUGAUCUUGAAUUAGUCUUAGGUAGUGUUAUUCUCCUCCGAGGCCAGCAGAGGGUGCGAAAUAUAAUCCUUCCAGGUUUAGCUUUCACUUUGGUAACUUGAGUAUUCAAAUUUAGUGUUCUAUAAACACUAAAGAGAAGGGAAAUUAUAUGAUAAAGGAAAAAUUAUUUUCAAGGCCCUCAUAAAACAUGCUAGAAAUUGAAUAAAAUGUUUAAUCCUUUUGGC